GCUGCCAUGCGCUCGUCAGAUCAGAUUUCAAUAAACAAUUGCAUGCACAUUUCCCGCACAAAACACUCGUCGUGCGGUUGCGAAAUUCGUGGCACAGUUUUUGCUCAUCAUUUGUAGCACACACACACACGCUCUCGUAAAAAAUGUGCAUUGUGCAGUGGUAAUCAAUUGUUUGUGACGAUGGUACGAAAGUAAACAGAACGGCUCUGUGUGUGCGAAUACGAGUGUGCGCGCGUGUGUGUGUGUGUAGUUUGAUGGUCGUGUGUGGGUGUGGAUUCUAAUCAAAAUAGUCGCGAAACAAUGGACCAAUUGUUACGCCGUCUCAACCUUGUGAUCGCGCAGAGCAUUGUUUAACCGGAAGCGACCUGCUUCGGUCCCGUAGGUGACGAACUGGUAAAACUGGUGCAUCCUCCAACAAUUUGCUCAUCAAAGCCGAUCGGCUGAUGGUGUGGUCAUUCCGCACCGACGUGAUUUUUUCGCACUGAUUGAGAUACUGGGAACUGGUUGAAUGUUUUGUUUGGCUAGCGGUCAAAAGUGUCGCGCAAGUGUUGACGCAUGAUUUUAGUGAAUUCUGGAACCCCGAAAAAGCAUAACUCCGUGUGAAAAUUGUGCGUAAAGUGAGAUAACUAUCGCCGGUAGUGCCCUGUCCAUCGUGUCCAGCCUAGUUGAAGCGCACACUGUUGCCGGUCGCUAAAUGAGUAGAGCGCUUUUUGUCAUUCCGCAACGCUUGCUAUCAAUCGUCCGAUGUAACCAGGUUUCAUUGAUAACGCGCCAUUCGAGCAAAAUGAGCGAACAAACGGAGAGUAACAUUGUGAAGGGUGCUGAUAGUUGGUUCAACAAAUACACCACGGUAGAAAGUUCUCCCGAGGGCACGUUUAAGGGGGUGAAGGAUCGGUUCAAUGGCAUCACGGUUGACUCUAGCAUGGAAACCUGCAGUCUCGAUAGUUUUCCAACCGUGCUGAAACGUUCCCUAGAGCAUUGGAUUGAAGGUAAACACCGAGGCAUUUGGUUCAAAGUCCAUUUGUCCGCCGCCAGUUGGAUACCGGAACUAGUUGAUAAUGGAUUCCAAUUCCAUCAUGCCAAAAAUACGUUCGUGAUGCUGUAUCGCUGGCUGCCGACGGAUGAAUCGGCAAACAUUCCACCGUACUCGCAUACGAUGGUCGGUGUCGGUGCGCUUGUCAUGAACGAUCGGAAUCAGGUGCUGGUGGUAAGCGAAAACAAUGCCUUAAUUGUCGGAUCAUGGAAGCUACCGGGAGGCUAUGUGGAACCCAAUGAGAAUUUUAUCGACGCCGCUAUUCGGGAAGUGGCGGAGGAAACGAACAUUCGAACCCAGUUCGAAUCGGUCAUCUCGAUUCGACACGCACACGGGGCCGGUUUCGGCUGUUCCGAUCUAUACAUCGUAAUGGCACUGAAGCCACUAUCGGAAGAGAUAACCAAGUGCAAUCGCGAGAUUGCCAAAUGUGAGUGGAUGGAUGUAAACGAGUACUUGCACCAUCCGAAGGUGCAUGAAACGAAUCGGAAUUUCGUCCGUACGUACCUGGAGUACCAGCGGCUCGGUUUACGCAUCGACUGUACCGAGGAAAUGCACCAAGUGCUGAGAAAGCGGUACAACAUUUACUCAAUUGCCAAAGUACCCGUGGGUGGACAGGCUGACAGCAGUGCUAGCAGCAACAGCACCACCAGCACGUUAAAGUUAUAGCGAUCGAGGAAGCGAUCGAUGAGCAACGUUAGCCCACACCGUUGGUGGAACAGGUAUGUUGUUACGCGAUGGCUAUGACGCAAUGCAAUUCAGUUGGUAUGUCCUUGUUUUACCAAAAAUUAUAUCUGCUGCUGCUGUGGAUAUGAA